GAUAAAGAGAGAGAGAGAAACAACGGGGCAGAGAUGCCGGUAAGAAAAACAAACGAGGAUGCUGUUUUGAGGCAGAAUGACAAGACGGCUACCAGGAUGGGACUGAAAUCGACGGGCUGGAUUGACUGAUGCUUUUUAAUGACUGUGACCACGUUGAUAAGACAGACGACAGUAAUCAACAAACACAGCCAGAAUGAGUGGAGAAGCUUAAACCGGAUUCAAUCCUCCAUCCACUGUGCUCUGUCUUUCUGUCGCUUCUGUGUUUGACUGACUAACGCUCCACUGGAUAAAGACUUAAUUGGCUCUGAACAGACAGCCAGAACAAUAAACAUCCAGAAUAAAUACAAAUGCAGUCAUGCUGGGGAGAGAGUGGGAAAGAAGAUGAACUAAGAACAGUAACCCUGUGGACAUAAAAACUGGACAUAUUUUGUAUUAUAUUUUCUUUUUUUCUUCAAAAUGUGUUUGGAAUUUUUCUUAAAGUAGGAUUUCAUUUGGACAUUAUGUUGUUUACAUUGUUUUUAUGUCUUGGAGCUUUUGACAGAGAUUUUUUCCAGCGAUGCCAUAUCUUGAUCAGUUUGUUCUGACUUAAAACAGAAGGAAUAUGCUUUAGUAUUUUACCAGAAAAGAAAGUCUGAGUCUGACAUGUCUCCAUUUCUUUUAUUUUGCCAUGGCUCUGUUCAAGCCAGCUGCUGUGCAUUUUUCACAUUCUGAAAACAACAUUUUUCAGAAUUAGUAAAAUUAACAAAUUCACAAUUCAUUCUUCAAGCUUCAAACGUGCCUCCCACCAACCCCUCCCACCGUCUGCCAUCCGACCAAUCAUGGGCAAGCCUCUUAGCCGUCCCGGGUGUUUCAGGAAGAGCUCCUGCUGCCUGGAGAAACAUGGAGCUGGGGAUGGGGGAGUGGGAGGGCGAGCUGGGGGAAUGGAAGGGGGAUACGGAGACGGCUACGUACCCCAGCGGUCCAUCUACGAUACCAUGUGCAUCAAUCAACAGAUUGACAGCCAUCACCAUCACCCUGGAGGGUCCGUAAGGCGAGAUUGUGGGGGUGAGGGUAGUUUUAGCUACUCUGCAAGCGGGUCCCUGAGGGUGAGCAGAUCUCCAGCUGACAUGUUCGAUCCGCAGCCCCGCUCUUUAACUCCAAACCCCUCAUUUGUGAGGCGACUGGAUGAAAGAGCCAUCUAUGAUUCCUUGAAGCUUGGGGGUCAGGAUGCAGAUGGUGGUGGCUGCCAUUCUCCAGGACGUUUCAACCGAUCAGUUUCUCCCUCCGUGUCCUCGUUCUCAGCGCCAGGAGUGUCAUCAUCCAAGAAACAUCACCAUCACCACCAGCAUCACCAUGGAGAUAGCACAAAGAGCAGAGAUGGCCGGCAUUCCUGGAAAGUCUUGACACCUCCACAGCACCUGGAGUGUCUGGAGCUUACUACAACUGAAAUAAUGGACAGAGGAGGUGGAUAUCUGAACCCAGGGCAUUACGCUCCACCAGGGGGCCAGUCCUCCUCUCUUACCUCGCCCCUCAUUUCUCCCUUUUCUGGCUCACCUCUCUCUUCAGGUUACCAUACUCCGGUUUUUUUCUCCCCUGCCAAACCUCGUCCCAGUCAGACUCAGAGUUUGCGCUGUUCCCCUCCCCAGGUCAUCCAGCCGAGGCAUUACUCCCAAACCCAGAGCCUCAGGCUGUCACCACCCCAGGAGCUUAGACGAUCCCCCUACCGUGCCCCGCUGGUCCAACUGUCUGCUCACGACCUCGAGCAGGACCUAAGGGAACGAGGAGGAGGAUGGGGCCGGAGUGAGCGAGAAAGAGAGUGGGAGAGGGAGAGAGAAAGGGAGAUGGAGAGAGGAGCCUGA